AGACCCAUCCACACCAAGGCGGCCAGCUGCACCCCAGGUGCCCAGGUGGUGAGACACAUCAGAGCACUAGGCACAGCAGCUGACACCACAAGCGUGGCCAGCAGACGCAGACACCCACCCACUUCUCUGCUCCAUCUUCUGCAAAACAAACCCAAAGUGCCCACGUCCCACUGGUGACGAGAUCGGAUCCUACAAAUGUCUGGCUCACUCCAAAGAAUAUCACCUUUCUUUCUAAAGAUGCAUUUAUUGUGUAAAAAGGAUUUCUGCGAGCCUUCCGGCAAGUCUUGAACGUCGCAGGUCACACAGGGUGUGACUUCGCCUGCACCCAUCUGCACCAUGGAGAUGUACCCCGGCACCCACAACAGCGCCUCCCCGCAGCUCAAUCUGACCUCAGCGCUUGCCGGCACUGCCCGGGUGAACCAGACAGGCGAGCUCUCCGAGCAGCAGUACGCCAUCGGGCUGUUCCUGUCCUGCCUGUACACCAUCUUCCUCUUCCCCAUCGGCUUUGUGGGGAACAUCCUGAUCCUGGUGGUGAACAUCAGCUUCCGGGAAAAGAUGACAGUCCCCGACUUGUACUUCAUCAAUCUGGCAGCAGCGGACCUCAUCCUGGUGGCCGACUCGCUGAUCGAGGUGUUCAACUUAGACGAGCAGUACUACGACAUCGCCGCGCUGUGUACCUUCAUGUCCCUCUUCCUGCAGAUCAACAUGUACAGCAGCAUCUUCUUCCUCACGUGGAUGAGCUGUGACCGCUACCUCGCCCUGGCCAAGGCCAUGCGCUGCGGCCUGCUCCGCACGAAGCACCACGCCCGGCUGAGCUGCGGCCUCAUCUGGAUGGUCUCGGUUUCCGCCACGCUGGUGCCCUUCACCGCCGUCCACCUGCGGCACUCUGAGGAGGCCUGCUUCUGCUUUGCAGAUGUCAAGGAGGUCCAGUGGCUUGAGGUCACCUUGGGGUUCAUCAUCCCCUUUGCCAUCAUCGGCCUCUGCUACUCGCUCAUCGUCCGGGCUCUCGUCAAGGCCCACAAGCACCGUGGCCUGCGUCCCCGGAGGCAGAAAGCCCUUCGGAUGAUCCUAGCCGUGGUCCUCGUCUUCUUUAUCUGCUGGCUGCCUGAGAACAUCUUCAUCAGCAUUCACCUGCUGCAGCGGGCACAGCCGGGGACUGCUCCCUGCCAACAGUCCUUCCGCCACGCCCACCCUUUGGCUGGCCACAUCGUCAACCUGGCGGCUUUCUCCAACAGCUGCCUGAACCCCCUCAUCUACAGCUUCCUUGGGGAGACCUUCAGGGACAAACUGAGGCUGUACAUUGAGCAGAAAACAAACGUGUCAGCCCUGAACCGUGUCUGUCAUGCUGCCCUGAAGGCAGUCCUUCCAGACAGUGCUGAGCAGUCAGACAUGAAGUUCAGCAGUGCAGUGUAGGCACCCUGCUGCAUGGACAGAGACUUGAGUGCAUCUCCCACAGGAUGCACGCUAGGGCAGGGACUGGCCACACCACACCUGGCCUCAGAACACUGCCAGGGAUGCUCCAGUACCUCAGCUGCAUCACCCUCAGGGCCCUAGGAACCGCACCACAUGCUGCCUCGACUGUACAUGUCUGCACACAGAGCUGUCACUGUCCACGCAGCCCACGGUGUAAGGUCACAGGACUGCAGGAAAGGGCUCAGGACCAGCGUGCACUCAUGCUCUCUCUGCAUGCUGAAUCCUGCACAAGACAUCUCUGAUGUUGGUCAAUGCAAAAGAAGGGGGCACCUUAGACAGAACAUCUUAGUUUCAAGGUACAUCUGCCAUCAAUUUGCCAUCUUGGGGAGAAAAUGAAGUUGGAGCCAGGAACCACUUGGUGGAUCUACACCAGGUACUGUGGUACAAUUCCCACUGGGGGCUUGUGGUUUUCUUGUGCAUGCUAGCAAGCACACCCCGAGUCAGAGGGGAAGCGAGGCACUUCUCAGUACACACCUAGCAUUCCUCACCCCUCAGAGGGCCACCCCACCAGCACCUGCUGGGUGUAUGACGGCUGCUCAGCCACAAAGGUUCUACUCGAAACAGACACCUGCCUGCCCGCUCAGAUCCUCUCCAGAAGCUGUUUGUUUACAAUCGUCUGUACCUGCACAGAGGUGGAAGGAGACUGGGAGGGUGUAGCACAGAGGGUACCCAGCAUGCUGAGGAAUGUAAACAGCUCUCACUAAAAUGUAAAAACCAAUGAUUGCUGGGAGUGCUCAGCCCUUCUCAAUAAAACAUAGUCAUGUGCCAACUCUUCUAGUUUUUUACCUAAGUAGCUCCCUAACAGGGCGGGGUGGGGCAGGACUCUCAGCCUGGCAGCUGAACAAAGCACACACAGGCCCCGAGGGUCACAAGGCUCACGCCCCACCUAGAGAACUCUUCUAGAGGCCAGCACCUAGAGCCAGCCACCUGGACACACCUGGCACAUUGCUGCACGAUCUGUGGGGACCAGGAUGAGCUUCACUGUAGAUGCCACACAUGCCCUGCUUUCCCAGGAGGCUCUACACGGUCCACUCACAGCCCUCAGGAGGUAGUUGGCUGGGCCCAGCCUAAAGGAGGACGGCAGGUUGAGGUCCCACCUCCGUGGGCUCCCACUCCUGGCCUCCCGCCCUACUCAGGGCCACCUUCUGGGAAGUGCCCUGCACAGGCCCAGAGGCCCUCCCAUGGGCAGGGCCUCUGGAAGCAGAACAUGAGGUAAUGUUUACAUGACAGGAAAACAAGCCAUUUUUAGUUUUAUUAGUUUUUUAUGGGUGACAAUCUCUGGGAGAGUACUUGCCCCCUGCAAACCUCUGCACUUACCAAACUGUGGCCUUGCAGAAGUACCAUCACUAGCACUGAGUCCCGCUCAGGACUUGCUUUCUAAAUACACACCCCAGGUCUAAGGACAAGGAGACCUCUAGGGGUAGUAGGUUGUACAGAGUCAGCAUGGGGAACAGACAAGGCUUGCCUGGGGCACUGUGCCCUACCUCUAGGG